CCGAGCGCCUGGGGCGGGUAGAUUUCUGAGCGCGGUGCCCUGCGGGCGUCGGAGGCAGCGGGGAGCCGAGCAGGGCCGCCGGGGCCUCGCUAGGGCCGCAGCGGCAGUAGUUGGGCCCCCCGCCCCGGCCGGCGGCCCGGAGAGCACAGGAAGGGGGCCGGGGGGACCCGCCCCCGACCGGCCGCAGUCAUGAACUCCAACGUGGAGAACCUGCCCCCCCACAUCAUCCGCUUGGUGUACAAGGAGGUGACGACGCUGACAGCUGACCCGCCUGAUGGCAUCAAGGUCUUUCCCAACGAGGAGGACCUCACGGACCUGCAGGUCACCAUCGAGGGCCCUGAGGGUACCCCAUACGCUGGAGGCCUCUUCCGCAUGAAACUCCUGCUGGGGAAGGACUUUCCUGCCUCCCCACCCAAGGGCUACUUCUUGACCAAGAUCUUCCACCCCAACGUGGGCGCCAACGGUGAGAUCUGCGUCAACGUGCUCAAGAGGGACUGGACAGCUGAGCUGGGCAUCCGGCACGUGCUGCUGACCAUCAAGUGCCUGCUGAUCCACCCCAACCCCGAGUCUGCCCUGAACGAGGAGGCGGGCCGCCUGCUCCUGGAGAACUACGAGGAGUACGCCGCGCGCGCCCGCCUGCUCACCGAGAUCCACGGCGGCGCCGGCGGGCCCAGCGGCCGGAGGGCUGAGGCCGGCCGGGCCCUGGCCAGCGCGGCUGCGGCCUCCUCCCCUGACCCUGUGGCCCCCGGGGGCCCGGGAGGGGCUGAGGGGCCCAUGGCCAAGAAGCACGCGGGCGAGCGCGAUAAGAAGCUGGCGGCCAAGAGAAAGACGGACAAGAAGCGGGCGCUGCGGCGGCUGUAGCGGGCUCUUCUCCCUCCCCACCCGACCUGACUCUGUCUCUAAGUUAUUUAAAUUAUGGCUGGGGUGGGGGAGGGCGUGGGGCACUGGGACCUGGAUGUGUUUUUCUAAAUAAAGUUGGAAAAGCA